AUGGUCUUAGUGGGGAAAAAGCGCGAGGAGAAUGUUGCUGAACCUGUGCUGGCUAACUUGUUGGCCGAUGACCGUACGCCUUGGUACAAGAAGCCGAAUCUGAGGCGACUAUAUUCCAUCUUGUUUCUGGCGUGCAUGGGUAUCGAAAUCACGUCGGGAUUCGACUCGCAGAUCAUCAACACUGUUCAGAUUGUGUAUACUUGGAACAAGUAUUUCGGUCAUACAACCGGUAAGACUGUGAAUGGGCUCCCUGAGUACGCGAUUGAAGCAAACCUCAAGGGCUUUCUGGGUGCUGCAUACUCUCUCGGGGCUAUUCUUUCCCUGCCCUUUGUCCCAUAUCUCAACCAAUGGGUCGGACGACGAUGGACGAUUAUGUUUGGUUCAUGUGUGAGCUUGGUCGGGGCCAUUAUCCAGGGAUUCUCCAAUGGAGUGGCCAUGUACAUUGUCGCGCGUAUGCUUCUAGGAUUCGGAAUCCCGUUCUGCAUCGUUGCAGGGUCAUCUCUGCUGGGAGAACUGGGCUACCCGAAGGAAAGACCGAUUCUCACAUCCCUGUUCAACUCCUCCUACUUUAUUGGCCAGAUCAUCGCGGCCGCUGUAGGCCUAGGGACGGUGACCAUCUCGUCCAACUGGGCAUGGCGGAUCCCAUCUCUGCUUCAGAUUGCACCCGCCAUGGUUCAAAUCCUGACGGUGAUGCUCCUUCCUGAAAGUCCUCGAUAUCUGAUUAGCAAAGAUCGCCACGAAGAAGCCUUCGAAAUUCUCACCAAGUACCACGCGGAAGGGGACCGCAACUCGGUCAUUGUCAAGGCAGAACUGGCGCAAAUUGAACAUACCAUCAAGAUGGAGCUCGAAGAGUCAAAACAAUCAUGGCUGGACAUGUUCCGCACAGCCGGUAUGCGUCGUCGGCUUUUCAUCUCCGCUUUUCUCGGCCUGUUCACUCAGUGGUCCGGUAACACCCUCAUCUCGUACUAUCUCAGCGACCUCCUUAACAUGGUUGGAAUCACCGACGGUGUGACUAAGUCCAAGAUCAACAUCGGUAUCGCCUGCUGGGGUCUUGUCUGUGGUACUGCGCUAGCACUGACGGCGCCGCGCUUCAAGCGUCGGCCGAUGUAUCUUACUUGCGCAAGCUGCCUGCUGUGUGUAUACAUUGGAUGGACUAUUUCCAUGGAGCGCUUCAUAAGCACAAAGGCUCAAUCCGCAGCCAUUCUGACCAUAUUCUUCAUUUUCGCCUACUCCCCCGCAUACAACCUCGGCUACAACGCCCUAACCUACACGUAUCUGAUCGAGCUUUUCCCUUACAUGGGCCGCUCACGCGGUAUUUCAUGGUUUCAGUUCUAUGGUCGUGGCGCAAGCUUCUUCGCUACUUACGUGAACCCCGUUGGUCUGGCACGCAUUUCCUGGAGAUGGCUCCUAGUUUAUUGCUGCUGGCUGGCAUUUGAGUUGGUGUUCAUCUACUUCUUCUUCCCUGAAACUUCAGGCCGCACGCUUGAGGAGCUGUCAUUCUUGUUCGAAGACAAAGACAAGGCCAAUGAGGUCGCUGCGGUUGUUCACAAACAUCUUGAUAACGACGACGAGCCGAAAAGGGCCGCGACACAUGUGGAGGUUCAAGAGACCAAGAGUUCUGUUUGA